AUGGAUGUCCCUACGCUUUGCGUUCUGUGCUCUUCGGGCCAUGAAUCCCAUCAGCACUUGUUCUUUUUGUGCCCAUUUGUCUAUGCUGUCUGGUCUCACUUCUCCAGAAGCGCUUGGCAAGCUGCUCCGUCUUCUAUGCUCGAUGUGGUAGAUAUUGUUGCUGUCUCUGCUCGAUUUCGGGUGGGGUUAUGGUUUAUUGCAUCUGGUGCGAAAGGAAUUUUCGCAUUUUCAAGCAGGUGGCCACUUCUGAAGCAGGGGUUGAUCACGCUUGUUGAUUGGCUGAUCCGGGAUCGGCUCCUUUCCAUCCCUCCUUUCAGACCAGAGUCUCCGUUUCUGCUCCAGCUGUUCUUCUCCCUUACCUUUCGGCCUCCUUAG